AUGCCGGGAAUACCCCCAUCCGUAAUAACCCACAAGCUAAUGGUGGAUCCAAGCUAUCGACCGGUUAAACAACGAAGAAGGACUUUCGCACCGGAACGAAACCAGGCCAUUGCCGAGGAAGUACACAAACUAUUGCGGGCUGGGUUUAUCCGAGAAGUAGACUACCCAGUGUGGUUGGCCAACGUGGUUUUAGUCAAGAAAGCCACCGGGAAGUGGAGAAUGUGUGUUGACUUCACCGAUCUCAACAAAGCGUGUCCCAAGGAUAGUUUUCCAUUACCUCGGAUCGAUCUUCUUGUAGACUCUACAUCCGGUCAUGAACUUUUAACAUUCAUGGAUGCCUUCUCAGGGUACAACCAAAUCCACAUGGAUGAAGCCGACCAAGAAAAAACGUCGUUCAUUACCGACCGAGGUCUCUACUGUUACAAAAUGAUGCCGUUCGGUCUAAAGAAUGCCGGGGCUACAUACCAGAGGCUCGUCAAUAAAAUGUUCCGAAAUCAAAUCGGACGAAACGUGGAAGUCUAUGUUGACGACAUGCUUGUGAAGAGCACACGAGCUGCCGGCCAUAUAGCCGACCUGGGGGAAACUUUCGAAACACUAAGGAGUCAUAAGAUGAAGCUGAACCCGGCCAAAUGUGCUUUCGGCGUAUCCUCAGGAAAAUUCUUAGGAUUCAUGGUCUCACAAAGAGGAAUCGAGGCGAAUCCCGAGAAGGUGAAUGCUGUCCUCAGCAUGCAACCUCCCCGGACCACCAAGCAACUGCAACAAUUGACCGGGAGAAUAGCAGCCCUUAACCGGUUCAUCUCCCGAUCCACCGACAAAUGUCUCCCAUUCUUCAAGAUUUUGAGAAAAGCCUUCGUGUGGAGCAGUGAGUGCGAGGAAGCCUUCAAGAAGUUAAAAGAAUAUCUGACCAACCCGCCGCUGUUGAGCAGCCCCGAGGAAGGAGAAAUCUUGUAUCUUUAUCUCGCAGUAUCAGCCUCGGCAGUCAGUUCAGCUUUGGUCCGAGAAGACUCAGGCGUUCAGAAACCGGUUUAUUUCACUAGUAAAGCCCUCCAUGGAGCCGAGGAGAGGUACCCUCGGAUUGAAAAAUUGGCCUUCGCCUUAAUAAUCUCGGCCCGGAGAUUGAGGCCAUAUUUCCAGGCACACGCUAUACGAGUGUUAACCGAGCAUUCGCUGAAGAAGAUAUUACAAAAACCGGAUCUAUCCGGGAGGUUGGUAAAUUGGUCGGUAGAACUGGGGCAGUUUGACAUAGAGUUCCACCCUCGUACUUCUAUCAAGGGUCAGGCGCUAGCCGACUUCCUGCUAGAAUUUAGCAAUACGCCCGAAAGCGAAGAGCUGCCCGAGAAGGAAACAUGGGUAGCAUAUGUAGAUGGUUCUUCGGCCGACCAGAAGAGCGGAGUCGGUGUCACUUUAGCAAGCCCGGAUGGAGAAACUUUUCAAUAUGCGAUCAAACUGGAUUUUGUGACCACCAAUAAUGAAGCCGAGUAUGAAGCACUUUUGUCCGGGCUUUCAAUAGCUCGGGAAAUGGGAGCAAGGAAUGUGGAGAUCAGAAGCGACUCUCAGUUGGUAGUCAGCCAUGUGCAGGGAUCGGCCGAGGCACAAGGUGAAAAGAUGAUUCAAUAUCUCGAUAAGGUACGCAAAUGCCAAUCUAACUUCCACAGAACCGCCGUAACCAAAGUUCCUCGGGAAGAGAACGCCCGAGCGGAUGCUCUUUCCAAAAUGGGUUCCGGCACCGGGCCUGUUGUCAGAACGUCCACACGGGGGGUGGUGAUACAGACCAAGCCUUCAAUCCUUCCACAACUCGACAUGAUGGAAAUUGAAGAAGAAUCAGACGAACCCGAAUGGGCUACUGAUGUAAUUCAGUACCUCCGCGACGGUUCCCUACCCGAGGAAAAGCUGCAAGCUCGGAAGGUAAAAAUACAUUCAGCCCGGUACGUGCUUAUCGGAGGGGUGCUCUAUCGAAGAGGAUAUACUGAGCCACUCUUGAAAUGUCUUAAAAGUUCCGAGGCGGAAUACAUAUUAAAGGAGAUACACGAAGGAGUCUGCGGGAACCACUCUGGCUCUCGGAUGUUGGCUUACAAAGCGAUGAGAGCCGGAUACUACUGGCCAACAAUGGGCAAGGAUUCAGUUGAAAUCGUUCGAAAGUGCGACAAAUGUCAGAGGUUCGCCCGGGUGAUGAAGCAACCCCCUGAAAAACUAAGCCCAAUCACCUCGCCGUGGCCAUUCGCAAAAUGGGGGGUCGACAUAGUCGGGCCUAUGCCUCCGGGAAAAGGUGGCCGGAAAUUCCUUCUUGUCGCGGUAGACUACUUCACCAAGUGGGCCGAAGCCGAGGCACACGCCACUAUCACUACCGCAAACGUAGUAAAAUUUCUCUGGAAUUCAAUCAUAUGUCGAUUCGGCAUCCCACACGCUUUUGUUACCGACAACGGAAAACAGUUUGAUUGUGGACCGUUUCGAAAAUGGUGCGCCGAACUCCAUAUCAGAAAUUAUUACUCAACCCCGAUAUAUCCACCGGCGAACGGACAAGUAGAAGCUACGAACAAGACUCUUCUCAGAACACUAAAGAAGAAGCUCGGUAAAAAGAAAGGAGCUUGGGUAGAAUAUGUACCCGAGGUACUUUGGGCCUACCGCACCACGACACGCACUCCCACCGGGGCUACUCCUUUCUCUUUAACUUACGGCUCAGAGGCAAUCAUCCCCGCCGAAGUCGGAUCACCCAGCUUCCGAGUAUCACACUAUAAUCCGGGACUCAAUGACGAGGGAAUCAAGCUCAAUCUGGAUUUACUACAAGAAAGAAGAGAUAAAGCGCAGAUAACAUGGGCCGCGUACCAAGACCGAGCUGCCCGUUACUUCAACAAAAAAGUCCGCCCACGAAAGUUCCAACUCGGAGACUGGGUUCUGAGAAAGGUAAGCCCCAUCACCAAAGAUCCAAUCGAGGGAAAGCUCGGAGCAAAAUGGGAAGGCCCAUACAGAGUUAUACGAUGCCACGACAAAGGGGCAUACCAUUUGAUCGAUACGACCGGCAAAGAAUUACCAAGAGCCUGGAACGCCGAGCAUCUGAAGAAAUAUUUUAUGUGA